UCCAUGUCGUUACAGUUCUUGCCGUAUGAUCUUCUAUUCAAUAUCGCCCAGGAUCUUGAAAUCGAUGAUGUGCACAAUCUCCAGGCGACUUGCAAGUCCUUGCGUUUGUUCACCCUUACCAGACCCGUAUAUAGACAGCUAGCCCAUGACUUACUGGCUAGAUCCAGGCCACUUCCUCUCCACUCCUUCCAGCGCCUCUCUGAUCUUUCAACACCCGCGCUCAUUGCUGCUGUCGACCGUGCACGAGGUUUUGAGAAGGCGUGGGCAAUCCGUGCCCCUCGACCGGCUCGCCCAAAUCCCUACUACGGAAACCAGUGGUACAUCACUAUCAGUGUACCUUCUCAUGAAGAGAUCGAUUGGUUAUCUCCCAUCACCAGCAGCUACACACUCUGUGCGACUAAGAGCGGCCGUGUUUUAUGCUGGGAUGUGAGGAGGGAUAUCUGCCUUGCUGAGUGGGACCCGAGGUCCUUGACAUGUUCCGGUAGAGGGGAUGAAGAUGAAGACGAGGACGACGAGGAUAAAUGGGAGUUAUGGAAAUGCCGUGUCGAAUUCGAAGAGCGCACAGUAUAUUUCACCAUGGCCAGGGUUCUCAAGGGAUAUCACGAUGACCGCGUGAUGGAGUUCAUGCUCAUGCGAUUAUUCUUCCCUCACGAACUCGACGAUUACGAUGAAAUAAACCAGGCACAACUCUACGUCCAAUCUCCAAUUCUUUCUCACCUCGACCACUAUGCCACCGAGCCCCAGCCACGGGAACAUCAACCCCCGCCUCCGCCCCCAGUAUCGACUAUUCCCAUUCCAGAAUCGGCGCGACCGGUAUUUGACACACUCACGAGCUUUCAUACAACGGGGGUCAUCAUGAACGUGUUCCUUCUUGACCCACCACGUCGCUUGCUGAGCGCUUUUGUAUGGAUUGCGAGUAGUAACACUAUCGGGUUGUACGUACUCCUUGACUGGGCGAAAGACGACUAUGUGUUUGUGGAUACUGGUGUUGGAUGUCUCAUCUCCUCCAACUGGUCCUGCAUCCUCCACGAAGACCAAAUCGUAAUCCACAGCGAAGAAGCCGACGCCGCAUACCAGCACUUUUACCCACUCGAAGUGCUCAGAACAUAUGGCCGUCCGCGUUGUAUCGCUUCCCCGGCAACUCACGCACAAACUCAACCUCAGGCAGAAGAGGGAACCCUUCAGGAAAACAACGGCGAGGACAUACCAGACUCGUUGAAGAGCUUGUGGAAUAAACUCCCAACGAUAUGUGCGAGACUUACGCCGAGUAGGAGCAUCUCAAAGAAAUUCGUGUUUCCUUCUGUACCGGGGACCUCAGGUGCGGUGAUUGGCAUGCCUCCUGUAGGUGAUGAAGAUGAAGAAGACACCGAGGAAGAGGAUGAAGUUAGUGCUGCGGAAGAAGCUCAAGGACAGACCGAAAAUAAUACUGAGCCCGUUAGUGAAGAAGAACAGGCCGGCACGAAUGAGGUAUCUUCGACAGUAGCUUCCGUUGAAGAUGAGCAGUCCGUGGGUCAUGAAGAACUUGUAGACGAAGAGGAGCCACCAGAUGACGAAGAAGAAUUUGAAGAUACUCACGAGGGCGAAGAAGAUAUGCCUUUCGCUCCGAAGAGGAAAGGCGAAAGGCGUACACGUUUCGAAGAUGAAGAAACAGGAAAUGAUAGUAGCGCAGACGGGCCCAGUAGCUCACAAGGUGGUGAGGAUGAAGUAAGGGUUGAGGAUGAACUUAAUGCAGGGUCUUCUUCCUCAACCCAACACAGUCCCAAUCCUGAACCUGCGUUGCAAGGCGACGAAGAUGCAUCAUCUUCUCAAUCCGCCACUCCAACCUCUCCCGGACCUCAGCAGCCCAUUCAAGAUGUAGUAGGUGCGGCAACGUCUGAAUCGUUCACAAACCCUUAUCCUUUCCCCCCUUGGUACCCCGAGUCUGCACACUUUGUGCGACAGUGGUGGCCUACCCUCCCUGGUGUCCCGCGGUUGAGCUGUACGGUUGUCCUCCUUGCAGCUCACGACCCUGAGACGCACCGCACGCGUUUUGUGCUCGCGCAGCAUUACUUCAAGGUCCCCAUAACCCCUGAGGGGCUACCUGUUGUGGGAGAAUCAAGCACGAGCAGCUCGUCUCGUUCUGCACAAGCAAACGACGAUGACAUGCUUCAUCUGUGGUAUGUCAGCACACCGUUCGAAGUCGUCUGCGUGCUCGAAGAGGGGGACGACGAUGAAGAUACUGGCGACCGGCCACGACCUCUCGUGGCUGUUGAUUUUGGGCAUGCAGUAUGGGUGGAGUAUGGUUCUUCUGCUGUGCCUCCCACCCUCAAUGUUCGCGCACGCACCGACAACAAUUCUCCUGGCAUAUAUGACACAGAUAUUGUUCAACCGAAUACAGAACCAGAUACACAGCUUCACGCCCACUUUGCGCACUUCGAGAACGAUCACCCGCAUCCGCACCCGCGGCGGCGGGUUCCCAAAUGUCUGCGCUUCGUCACCUUCCCUCCUGUGCAUGGCCGCCGGGAGCGGACUGAAGAAGCGGUGGUGCGCACGCUAGAGAUCCCAGAGGAACUGGACUUGGAUGUCGUUGAGACGAUCAAUAUUGAUCAGAGCCAAGGGGCUGUGAUUUUGAGUGUAAGGGACGGUAAGAUUUUUAUUUUGAGGUAUGAAUGA